GAAACCUAGUUAACAAAAGUGAUAAUUAUUUGUCGGAGCUAAACACUAAUUAACCUACCAUCUCGACAAAAUUUGUAGAUUUUGGAAGAGAAAGAGUGAUGAGUCGUGGGAAUUACAAGAACCCGUGCUUGACCAUGCAUCAGCCAUGGGCUUCACUUCUUGUCCAUGGUAUCAAACGCAUCGAAGGCAGAUCCUGGCCUGCCCCAAUUCGAGGUCGUUUAUGGAUUCAUGCUGCUAGUAAAGUACCUGAUGAAGCAACUAUUAAAGCAAUGGAAGAGUUUUAUCAAGAAAUUUAUGCUGUUGAUGGGAUCACUGAUAUUCAAUUCCCCCAACAUUACCCUGUUUCAAGACUAAUUGGAUGUGUUGAGGUUGUUGGCUGUGUCACCUCCGAUGAACUUCAGAACUGGGAUGCUUUACCUCAAGGGGUGAGGCUUGAAGGACAAACCAAUUUUUGUUGGCUAUGUGAGCAGCCACAGAAACUGAUUAUUCCAUUUGAGAUGCGCGGGUACCAGGGUGUCUAUAACUUAGAAAAUAAGAUUUAUGUAGCAGCAGCGAGAGGUCUUAUGCCUUCUCAAAACUCUUCUAAGGUGAAAUUCCCUCUUCCAGACCCAAAAGACCAGUUUUCUUUGAAACCCGGUUCUAUUCCUUGUACAAUACAAGAGAAGAAAGCACUUGAUUCAGAGCAAGUUACCAGUCUCACAGCUGCAAUUGCGGGUGCAAAAGCAGCGGCUACACAAUUUUCGAAGAAGGGGCAAAGUCUCCAAACAAAUAAUAUAUUUGAUUACACAACAAGAAGCAAGAGCAAAGUUAUUGAAGAUGAAGCAGCAGAAUCUCUGGAUAACCCGGUUCUUGGUUCUGGUGGAACGUCUGACCAUACUUAUACAACGAGAAGCAAGAACAGAGGCACACAGAUGGGUGAAGAAGUAUGUAGUGAAAGCAGCAGCAGAGUAGAAUCUAGUCAAAGAAGUGUAGUCACAAAGAGAGAGGACAGGAAUGCAAGUAUUGGUGAAAGAAGGUUUGAUCCUGGAUCUGCCCGGAUUAUGGCCGCUGCAAUUAGGAACUUGAAGCCAUCUUCUUGAUCUAUUGUGACAAGGUUGUACCAUAUUGUGUAUCAUUCUUUUUAAAACAUGUUCAUGACAAAGUUUGGCGUGGCUAUAAGUUAGUUUAUAGGUCUAUGAUAUACAUUCUUUUUUUUUUGGACAAACAAAAGGUCUGUUAUACU